AGUCCUAAAUAGGGAACUGCCACCAUCUGAACCACGCCCAUUUACCGGCCACAGUGGAAAUCUAACAACACUGCUUUUUCUGUUUUUAGAGGAGGUCGAGGCGCACAUGGAGCUCAUGGAUCUGGCAAUCCAGCAGGCCAGCCUGGCGCAGCCCAUCGAAACCGCCUUCAGCGUCGGCUGCCUGCUGAUCAACGGCUCACACAUCAUCUCCACGGGCUACUCGCGCGAAUUGCCCGGCAACCAGCACGCCGCGCAAUGCGCGAUUACCAAGUCCAAAACUUCCUCGCAGGCCCACCUGGUCGCGGGCGCAACACUGUACACGACCAUGGAGCCGUGCUCGGCGAGGCUGUCGGGGAACACACCGUGCUCAACCCACAUCAUUAAUGCUGGUAUCAAGAAAGUCGUCAUUGGCGUCAAGGAGCCGUCGACGUUCUCUAACUGCCAGGGUGUGGUACGGCUGCGCGAAGCCGGCAUUGAUGUCGUGCACUUGAAGGUGCUCGAGGAAGACUGUCUACGGCCCAACAUCCAUCUGCUUAGGUAGCUUUGUCCUGUUUGAAAAAUAUUUGUACGAGCACGCAUUUCGCU